AUGACUGAAGAUGGGAUCGUCAAGUCUAUCAAUGAAACAGGAAGAAAAAGAAGAACCCCACCUACAAAAAGAGGAAAGACACUACACCUUUACUCGCCCGAGGACAUUGCAAUCUAUACGCCCUGUACAAUCAUUCACAACUUCCUACCGGCGGAAGAUGCAAACAAACUCCUACUGGAGCUACUAGAUGAAUCAAAGCAUCUUACGCGGUCUGAGUUCCAGCUCUUCAACCGUACCGUACAGAGCCCCCAUACACACGCCGUUUAUGUCUCCACGCCAGAGCAGCACCGGCAACAGACAUCCGAGUACACCUACGGAGGCACAUAUCGAUCGAAUGUACGGCAAGCAACGCCACAGCUACGCUUAGUGUCACGCCGGGUUCAAACUGCGGUCAAUGAUGAAAUCCAGAAACGGAUUCGCGAGGUCUAUCCAGAAGGAAGAAAACUCCAAUACCAAUCACCAAAAGAGUGGAAACCCAACGCGGCAUUCGUCAACUGCUAUAAUGGACCAGCUGAGAGCGUGGGAUAUCACUCUGACCAACUAACUUAUCUUGGACCCCAUCCGGUAAUAGGAAGCUUGAGUCUCGGCGUGGCACGCGAAUUCCGCAUCCGUCGGAUACUAGCGCAAGACGAUGAUAUUGGAGAAGCGAGCGAAGACAAAAAUUCCAUCGUUUCAAAAUCUCCCCAGAGCCAAGCUGCAUCAUCUCGCGCAGAUGCCCAAGGACAAAUUUCUGUUCAUCUUCCGCACAACUCACUCCUUAUCAUGCAUGCAGAGAUGCAGGAGGAGUGGAAACAUUCCAUCGCCCCCGCACAAACCGUCUCUCCACAUCCCAUCUCUGGAAAUCGUCGGAUCAAUGUCACCUAUCGUUGGUAUCGGGAUACUUUACAUCCACGCUAUACACCGCGCUGUCGGUGUGGAGAACAUACGAUUCUUCGGUGUGCGCAACGCAAGCAAGAAACGAGGGGGCGGUAUAUGUGGAUGUGCUAUGCUAGUUUUAUUCCGGGAAAAGAAGGGUGUUCCUUUUUCCAAUGGGCCGAGUUUGAUGAUGAUGGCGACCCGGUGUGGGAGAAGAAAGCAGUUGAAGAUCAGGCACCUAUUCUGGAUAACUUUUCGGCCUCACAAUAA